UCGGCGGAGCGUCUCUCCCCGCGGCCGCGCCGAGCAGUUGCAGAGCGCCGGCGAGCGGGCGGUGGAGCGGGCGCUGCGCUGCGCUGCGCGGAGCCGCCGCUGGAGUGCGCGGAGCCGCCGCUGCCGCCGAGCCGGCGGGGGACAGCGCGCCGCGGGAGCACCGAAGCCCUCCCCGGCCACCGGGACCUGCGCUUGGCUCGCCGCCUUGCUUUAUCCUCCCGUUUAAUUGAUUUUUUUUUUUUUCCCCUAGACUUUGGAUUUUUAUUUUUUUUUUUUCUCCCUUUCCUUCAAAGCCCCCUCCCUCCCCCCUUUUUUCCCCCUCUUCUCCGCCCCGGUUGCCUCCCUCUCCAGCCAGUUUGGAUUUUUUUUUUUUCUUUUUUUUUUUUUUUUUCCACCCCCUUCUGAUUUUUUAAAGCGGUGGACGGCCGAGCGGCGGCGGGCUCAGCCCCUUCCAUCCAUCCCCCCCGGCGGGGGGAGGCAGCAGCAGCAGCAGCAGCCGCCGCCGCGAAGAAGAAGAAGAAGAGGCGAGGUGGGGGGGGGUGGGAGUGCGCGCAGGAAAAGAGAUGCAUUGAAACUUUUCCCCGCAAACUUCGGCGUGAGUGAGUGCGCGAAGCCCAGAGCGAGCGCGGCGCGGGUGCCUCUCCUCGCCCCGGUGGCCGCUGUGGAGCUCGGAUUGCCCGGCGGCGGGGGCCGGGCGGCGGCGGCGGGGCGGCCGCGGAGCCAGCGCUCGGCCCUGCGGAGCGCCCACCGGCAGCAGCAGCAGCAGCAGCGGGGGCCGCCGUAUGGAGGGGUGAAGGCGGACACCCCGAAGAGGAACCCCUUUGCCCCCGGAGAGCCUCGCAGCGCCCGGCCGGCGGCACCCCAGGAGGGCACGGAGGAGGCGAGAGCGCGGCGGGGCGGCGGGGCGGCGGCGGAGGCGAGGCGGAGCGCGGCGGGCCCCGUUCCUCCGCGGCGUGCGCCGGCAACCAUGAACUUUCUGCUCACUUGGAUCCACUGGGGGCUGGCGGCGCUGCUCUAUCUGCAGAGCGCGGAGUUGUCCAAGGCUGCUCCUGCCCUGGGGGAUGGGGAGCGGAAACCCAACGAAGUUAUCAAAUUCCUGGAAGUCUACGAGCGCAGUUUCUGCAGGACAAUUGAGACCCUGGUGGACAUUUUCCAGGAGUACCCCGAUGAGGUGGAGUACAUAUUCAAGCCAUCCUGUGUGCCUCUGAUGAGAUGUGCGGGUUGCUGCGGCGAUGAGGGCCUAGAAUGUGUCCCUGUGGAUGUGUACAACGUCACGAUGGAGAUCAUGAGAAUUAAACCCCAUCAGAGUCAGCACAUAGCGCACAUGAGCUUCUUACAGCACAGUAAAUGUGACUGCAGACCAAAGAAAGAUGUCAAAAAUAAACAAGAAAAGUGGGCACAGAAACCCAGAUCUGACGGUCCUUCCUUCAUACCCCAGACCUGGAGCUUGCAUGACCCACGACCAUGGCAGUCAUUCCUAAUGCUUUACCCAGAGUCAGGGAAGUCCCGUCGUGUGUGUCCUACCAGAAUGGAUUCAAGAAAAUCAAAGCGAGGAAAGGGGAAGGGUCAAAAGAGAAAGCGCAAGAAAGGCCGGUACAAACCACCCAGCUUUCACUGUGAGCCUUGCUCAGAGAGGAGAAAGCACUUGUUUGUACAAGAUCCCCAGACCUGUAAAUGUUCCUGCAAAUUCACAGACUCACGUUGCAAGUCGAGGCAGCUUGAGUUAAACGAGCGCACUUGCAGAUGUGAAAAACCGAGACGGUGAGCAGCGGAAAAGAAGGGGGAACAGCCCUGUUUCUGGAGCCUGAUUUCUCGCCUGGACAGAAAAAAUACAAAACAAAACACUAAUCCAAAUGAACCCUAAAAAUGAAGGAUCGGUAGAGCACAGCACUUUCAGUACGGACGAUGGACUCCGGAAGGAACAUUCCCCAAGGCACCCGCCGCACAGAAUUCACCUUUGGGUUUUGAACUGUUUUAUUUUAUUUUUCUUUUCAUGCUGCUAAAUAACAGAGCCAGGAAGACUAUAGGGGUGUAUUUGAUGGGUUUUCCCAUGCAUACAUAUAUAUGUGUGUAUACAUGCAUAUACAUAUAUAUAUAUGUAUAUAUAUUUUAACCACAUCUAUAUAUACAUAUAUGUAUAUCUUAACCACACACACACACACAUAUAUAUAUAAUAUAUAUAUAUAUAUACUGAUUAUUUUUUUUAACAUUGCUAAUGUUAUUGGUGUCUUCACUGGAUAAUACUCGACUGCUGUGGACACAAGCGGGCUACUUGGGGCAUAAGAAACAAGCUAAGACUGGACUUGAGUAGAAGCGCUGGGUGUAAACUUCUUAACUCUAACUGACUUGUGCGGCCUCCGCUGUUUCUCUGUAGAGUGUGCUGUACCAUAAACCACCUUCUCCUUGCCUGGGACAGGAAGGAGAGGUGAUGGAGAGGAUGGGCAGGGAGUUCCAAAGAGCGGCAUCCUAGGGUGCGAUGGGUCAAAGGCCAAGGAAAUGGCCAUCUGCGUGAUCAAGGAUUCCUCCUCCCCUCUCUUCCCCCAACCUUCGCCCUUACUCGUCUCAUAACCUGCCUGCCUUGCUGGGACAUGGGAUGUCAGUGUACAUUUUGCGUUGACUUUAUUCGCUAUAGAAACUUCGCCAGAGAGGCAAUGCUGGCUUCUCUUAAGGAUGGUGGGCAGCUGAUGCGCACUAACUUUCCAUUCAAGGAAGUAUCACAGGAGUCUAGAUUCCCCGCCCUUGGUGGCUGCAAAAGGACAUAAGGCCUACAGUGUGCUGAAGCAAGAAUGGGGACCGGUGCAUAGCCACACAAUUGUUCAGCACUGUCUGCUUUCUUCAUGCACAGAGCUGCCACUCAAGAGCAUCCAAGAUGCUUAUGGAACAUUUCUGGAAAGGGAUAUUAAUCAAAAGUAUAUACACAGUAGGGGUGUGUGUGUGUGUAUGUGAGCGUCAAGAUUUUUUUUUAAUGGCGUACUGUAAAUAUCAGGCCCUUUUUCCAGCUCUUGGGCUGGGGAAUCAAAUGUGAAGGCAGCCGGAAUCCCCAAGCCGUGUCUGAAAAUCUUGGCUAUGUGUGUAUCUACAGUAUACGCUGUGGUGUAUGUGAAACCCACCUUACACACGCGUGCACACACACACCCCUGAAAGCGUGUUUGUACAUCUAUGUGGAUAUAUAUAAUCUAGUUCUGUGAUUAAAAUUAAUAAUAAUAAUAAUAAUAAUCAAAAAGGUACUCGGUCUGUGUCAGAAAUCUGCCAAACAUCAUCUGCAAUUGAAUUUUUCAACGCCUGAUAAUGUACAACACGGAAAGCUUCCAAAAAAGACAAGACAGUCUAAAAACAGACUCACAACAAGUGACUACUAACCACUAGGAACUCCCCAUCCGACCGAUGGCUUUCAGAAGGAGAAAAAAAACACACGGGUGGGUGCUUGCAUCUGCAAUGUAUAAUACUUAUGCUGCAUCGUGCGCAAGACAGAGGCUUCCGAUGGGGGGGGAGGGAAGAGAAAGUGUUUUAUAUACUUAUUUAAUAUCCCUUUUUAAAUUAGAAAUUAAACAGAUAAUUUAAUUAAAGAGUAGGGAUUUUUCAGUAUUCUUUGUUAAUAUUUAAUUUCAACUAUUUAUAAGCCGUACCUCUUUUUUUUUUUUUUUUUUUUUUUUUUUUUUUUAUUUGUACUGGUUGUGUAUAAAUUUAACCUUCCUGUUGUCCCAUCCCAUCUCUCCCCAAUUGUUGGCAGAGUCAGUAGCAUGUUAUGGGCAGUUAUUUAAUUAAUUUCUCUAACACCUACCCCUACACAUUCCUAUUGAGACAAGGGUUAGAUAUACAUCUACAUACUAUAUAUAUAUUUGGCUAUGUGUUUGUAUAUAUAUAUAUAUGUUUAUGUAUAUGUGUGAUUUGGAUUAAAUAGACGCUACGAUUUUUUUAUAUAUGUAAAAAGAAGAGACAGGAAAAAUAGAAAAUUCUACAUCUUGAAUCUCUCUCCUUUUUAAUUUUAAUAUUUGUUAUCAUUUUAUUUAUUGGUGCUACUGUUUAUCUGUAAUAAUUGCGGGGAAAAAAGAUAUUAACACUACAUAUUGUGUCUAGUGAAUUUUUUCAAGAUAUUCCUUAGUACAUAUUUAUUUUUAAACAAAGAAAUUACAGAUAUAUCUUAAAAAAACGACGACGACGACGACAAACAAACUUUUUUUGUAUUAAAGAAUUUAAUUCUGACCUUGA